AUGAGUGAGUCAAGUGAAACCAAAGAUAAUGUCACAUCCAGCCAUGAGGACAAAAACAGCGGCAGCUGCUCCCCUACUAUACCCCACACAUCCAAUCAAUCCGAAAGUGUUGAGGUGCAUCAGCAGAAGAGAGCUGCCUCUCCAGUGCUUAGCCAUGUUUCUAUGAAGAGUGAUGCAUCGAUGGAUCCUCCAGUUAAAUUCCAGGAGGAAGAUCAGAGUCUCUCGGGAGAUUGGCUCAGCUCUUCUGCGCACACCCAUGUAUCUGUUCAGAGUAACUGGUCAAUGGAGCCACCAACUAAUCUCCAUAUGACUGAUUCUCCCGUCCAACGAGAGCAGCCAACAGAAAUGCACCACCAAUCGACCCCAAAGACACAAAUGGCCCUUGCUGCUAUUUUGCGGCAACUUCAACGCAAUGUGAUCACUUUUGUAAAGAAGGAACUCAGAAAAAUCGACAGCGUUUUGAACCCUGAUCUCACAGAGUGUACAAAGAGUCCACCAGAUGAAGUAGAUGAAUUUGCUCUUGAAGCCAGAGAAGCAACAGUCAAAAUCGCAUUACAUAUUCUGAAGUGUAUGAAGGAGCAAAGCCUCUUUGACAAACUUCUUCAAUUUCAUCAAAUUGAUGCUUGUCAGCAAAAGCUUAAAUCCAGUUUGAAGAACAGGAGCCAAUGUAUAUUUGAAGGUAUUGCUAAGCAGGCAAAUCCAGCCCUACUCAACAAAAUCUACACAGAGCUCUACAUCACAGAAGGAGGGAUUGGAGAAGUCAAUAAUGAGCAUGAGGUGAGACAGAUUGAGACAGCAUCUUGGACACCAGAGACACAGGAAACUCCAAUCAAAUGCAAUGACAUCUUUAAAGCCUUACCUGGACAAAACAAACCCAUCAGAACCGUACUGACUAAAGGAGUUGCUGGAAUUGGAAAAACAGUCUCUGUGCAGAAGUUUGUUCUGGACUGGACUGAAGGAAAAGCCAACCAAGAUGUUCAUUUUGUGUUUCCAUUGCUUUUUCGGGAGCUGAAUUUGAUUGGCAAAGAGCAGUACACACUGGAGCAACUUGUUUAUUUGUUCUUUAGAGAAAUCGAGGGAUUCAAACUUUCAAACUUGGAGAAGUUCAAAGUCAUAUUUAUCUUUGAUGGUUUGGAUGAGUGCCGACUGCCUCUUGAUUUUAGGAACAACAAAAGGUGCUCUGAUAUAACUGAAACGGCCUCUGUGGAUGUGCUGCUGACCAAUCUCAUCAAGGGGAAUCUGCUUCCAUCAGCUCUCCUCUGGAUCACCUCUCGACCAGCAGCAGCCAGUCAGAUCCCUCCCGGGUGUGUCGACCAGGUCACAGAGGUACGAGGGUUCAAUGACCCUCAGAAGGAUGAGUAUUUCAGGAAGAGAAUCAGUGAUCAGAGUCUGGCCAAUAGAAUCAUCUCACACAUGAAAUCAUCAAGGAGCCUCUACAUCAUGUGUCACAUCCCAGUCUUCUGCUGGAUUUCAGCCACUGUUCUAGAGAGAAUGUUGAGUGAAGCAGAGAGUUGUCAGAUCCCCAAGUCUCUAACUGAAAUGUACACACAUUUCCUGAUCUUCCAGACAUUGCAGAUGAAAGACAAGUACAAGGAACUACAUCACUUGGAUCCACACUUGAGUAGAAACAACAUCCUGUCGCUUGGAAAACUGGCCUUUCAGCAACUGAGGAAAGGUUUUGUGAUUUUCUACGAAGAAGACCUGAUAGAGUGUGGCAUUGAUGUCAAGGAUGCAUCAGUAUAUUCAGGACUUUGCACCCAGAUCUUCUGGGAGGAGUUCGGCCUAUACCAAAAGAAGGUCUUUUGUUUUGUGCAUCUGAGUUUCCAAGAGUACCUUGCUGCUUUGUUUGUUCACCUUCACUGGUUUACAACUCAAAAGCCCAGUAGCGAUGAAUUCAAGAUACCAUUCCAAGACACAGACUUUGGGGAGCUCUGCAUGGAUUUAUCUCUGUUUGAUCUACACAAGAGUGCAGUAAAUCAGGCUUUAAAGUCAAGGAAUGGGCACUUUGACCUUUUCCUCCGCUUCCUCCUCGGCCUUUCACAGGAGCGCAGUGAGACCUUGUUUCGCCACCUUUCAAUACAAAUAGGACACAUCACACACAGCAAUGAGAACACGGUCACGUACAUAAAAGAAAAGCUUGGGACAGGUCUUAGCCCCGAGAGGUCCAUCAAUCUUUUCCACUGCCUCAAUGAACUGAACGACCACUCUCUUGUCAAGGAAAUCCAAACGUACCUUCACUCCGGACAACUUUCAAUGGAGGUACUUUCAAAUGCGCAGUGGUCGGCUCUAGUCUUUGUGCUGCUCACCAGUGAUGAAGGACUGGAGGUUUUUGACUUAAGAAAAUUCUUCAAAUCAGAUGAGUGUCUUUUCAAGCUUCAUCCCGUUAUCAAAGCCAGUCGGAUUGCCAUAUUGUCCUCAUGUAAACUGACGAAGAAAAGCUGUUCGCCUUUGGCUUCUGUUCUUGAGUCCAAUCCCAAUGUCCUGAGAGAACUGGACCUGAGUUUCAAUGACCUUGGAGACAAAGGGGUGAAAAGUCUCUGCUCUGGACUGAGGAGUCCACAUUGCAAACUACAGACACUAAAGCUUUCAAGCUGUGGGAUCACAAAGGAGGCCUGUGCUUUCCUCACAUCUGCUCUGAGUUCAAAACCCUGCCAACUUAAGAAACUGGACCUAAGUGAUAAUAGACUUUGGGAUUUAGGAGUUGGGAUGUUUUCUGGUUUACUUGCAAACCCAAACUGUAACCUCGAAGAGUUGAGGUAG